AUGUUCGAAGGCUACCCUUCCACGGAGCAUGAGGAGCGCGGCGGAGGGCAUACCGGUUACAACUCCCAAUACGCUGUCCCCGUUUACAAAGUCGUGGCAUUGUUUGACGUUUUUACUCGGAAAAAACUGAUAACAGAUCCGGGGUUGGGGUUAACGCACGGGCACUGUGCUGCACACACUACACAAGAGUCACAAGAUCUGCCGCAUCGUCGGCAGGCGAGUGCGGUCGCCACGGCCGCCAGGUAA